GCGGGGCCCCGCGGGAUUUGCUCCCAGUGGCUCCAGUUCAGAUUCCAGAGGGAACUGGGAAUGGAGGGGACCCGGAGAAUGAUGGAGGUGCUGUGGACGGGGCUCCCCUGCCCCAAUUUCCUUCUGUUGGUGACCUGCGCCCUCCUCGAGCUGCUCGGGGACAUUGGAGAUAUCGGUGGUGACAUUGGUGACGUCAUCAGUGACAUCGGCGGUGGCAUCGGUGACGUCAUCGGUGACAUCGGUGACAUCGGAGGUGGCAUCGGUGAUGUCAGUGGUGGCAUCGGUGACGUUGGUGACAUCGCUGGUGGCAUUGGUGACGUCACCAGUGGCAUUGGUGACACCAUUGGUGACAUCGGUGACGUCGGUGGUGGCAUUGGUGACGUCAUCGGUGGCGUCAGUGACGUCACAGGUGACAUCGGUGGCGCCUUUGGGGACAUCGGUGACGUCAUCGGGGCCGACAGUGACAGCGACAGCGACGGCGAUGGGGACAAGUUCUCCCCAGCUCUCGAUGUCGGUUCCGUUCUCAGCCGGGCCGAGGGGAUUUUUCUGCAGCUGAAGGCGGCCACGGAUCUGCCCCCGGCCCUUCAGGAGCUUUUGGGAUUGGGGGGACCCCCCCCGGAGCCGCCGCCGCCCCCAGAGUGACCC